AUGGUAUACGAUCCUAAUCAAGUUGCAAAUGCUAUCAGAAAAUUCUUGCCGACGCCUACUGACAUUCAUGUUGAUACAUUACUUGGCUACUCUGACAAUGGCCUGGAUGAUAUGGUUAUUGCCUCUAGUGAAAAAAUUCAAUCUCUUCAUCGAGAUGAUUGGAACAAAUCGUUAGCAUUAGUCUUCAUGUAUGAUUGCCAUUAUGCUGUGCAACAUCGCCACCCGUAUAAUAACUUACUGCAAAAAAUUGAUCGUGAGCGUACACGCGUCAUUGGCUUUACUAACUGUGUCUUUGAAAAUUAUGACGAGGCUUUACUAAAUGCCAUCGCUAAAGCGAUCAGUUGCGAAUUUUUACUUCCUUCUUGUGCCGUAGAAUUAUCUAGGACGAAUGAUGGACCUUCAGAAUUCACUAUAGUUAAUCAAUCUUAUAAGCCUAAAGCUGUCGACUUACUUAACAGUUGUAUUAAGUAUUUAAACUCGAUUAGACGUCAAAGCUGCAAACAAACCUGGCAAAAGGUAGAUCGCUAUCUUAAGAUCAUACAAGAUUGCAUGCAAGUCAUGACAGAUUUUGGAGAAUGGGCAUUCUUUCGUAUCAAGAAUGUAAUAUUAGACGAGUUGAUAAAUGCCUAUGAUUCUGCAUCUGACCAAAUUCAUGAAAAAUGUACAUCAACUAUAUUUGCUGUCAGUAAUGAAAUUAACAAUCACGAUGUCGACGUGGAUAACAUUGAUUUCAACCUGUAUCCUAAAGUAGAAACACUAAUCAAAAUUUUAACAGCGUUAGAAUUAAGUCCAGGCGUCGAACGACUUCUUCUUUGUGCAGGAAAUGCCUUCACUGUAGACGUUUUAUAUUAUUUAAUGAAGCAUUUUAGGAGUCAAUCUAUCUUACCCUCGGUAAAUAUUAGUAAAUUGCAUGACGAUGGAUCUUCAAUGCAGAAAUGUCUCAGCCGCAACCGAGAUUUGUUAAUUGAUUAUCACUCGAUGAGAACCAGUAUAAUCAUUAUAGAACAAUCUUCGCCGCUAUUUCUAAAUUUACCCUUAUCCCACUGUAUAAUUUGUUUCGAUGGCCUAGGACAUUUUUAUUCUUAUCUCCAAUUACGAAGUAAAGUCUCACAACGACUAGUGAUCAUGGUCAAUCAAGAUAAUCUGAAAUAUACUCUAUCCAAGUACAAGAGAUGGCACAUUCUCAUGGAUUAUAUGUGGAGACGUGAAUAUACCACCGAAAUUGAUACUACGAAUAUGUUGCAAGAUUCCGCUAAUGUUUCGACAAUUGGAUCUGCGCUUUUGCCUAUUUAUCGGUCAGAUAAUAAUAUUGAAUAUUGA